CUUCAACUUCAGCUAGUUGAUAAACUAGAGAGCAGCAAGAGUGUUCAGGGGAGCUCUCCAAACACAGGAGGGGAAACAUGGCGGGGUCGAGACUCUCUGUGGCUGAGCUGGCUGGAAAGUUCACAUCUCCGGCUCCCGCUCCUACAGAAGAUGAAGCGAACAAGCCUGUACGGAGGAGACCCCCACGCACACUGCCACUUCCUGUCAGUAAUGAUGUGGGUCAGGGGCAGGACGAGCAGAAAGAAGAAGCUGGUUCCCACCCGCCAAGAAAGAAUAGAAACUCUGCCCUCAUUGAGAAACUAAAGGCAUCUCUUUCACCGACGGCCACCCUGCCGUCCCCAUUGAGUCCAGGAGCUGGGAAACCGCAGCUGCCAUUUUUCCCACCUCACUCACCCUGUAGCCCAGUCAGCCCAACCUCAGCAUCCAAACCAAGCCAGUUAGAGACCCCAGCCAGCUUCGAGACCCCUGCGGAAAGCACUGUCCUUCCAAGCAUCAACAAGGGUCGUGCUCGUCAUUCUAUCAAACGCCGUCCGCCGUCUCGCCGACUCAGGAAGUCCAGUGGGGAGGAAGAUGGGCCUAACGAGGAAAAGGCCACCCCGCCUGUCUCUGGUCCGACGACUCCAGAUGGAAAGGAGAACGACGUGUUCGAGGAGCAGAAGGUGGAGAAAGAGGAGAUUGACGGUACCGAUUCGGCAUCUGCUACGUCCAAGCAAGAGCAAGAGCAAGAUCAUGAGCAACAUGAAGCAUCAGAGGAUUCAGAACAGCAGCCCUUAGCUUCAACAAGAGAAGAAGUAGAGAACAGGGAGUGUGUCGUGUCAGCUGAGAAGGAGGAGACAGUAGAAGAGGAGAAGAAGUCUGAGCAACCUGAGAUAGACAACAGUAAAGAAGAGUCCACAAAACAAGAGCCUGAUGAGGAGACAGCCAUGGAGGCACAGAGCGACCCGGCAACAGCAACGGAGGAAAAAAUAGAACAGGAAGUGAAAAAAGAGGAGGAAGAUGGAGGAAUGUAAAUGCUCUAAGCAAUGAAAAUAGGAAUUCCGCUCAAGGGACAGUUCACUAAAUUCUAGCCACAUGGGAGAACCACAAGGGUGAAGCGGAGGCCCAAUAACAAUGUGAAUAAAAUGCCCUGAAACCUUCCAACAAAGCUUUAGCACCAGGUUAUUUUUUUGUGUGUGUUAAUGUGCAAGUUAAUCACAAAGUGGAAAGAAAAUCAUUUUUUUCUUGUACAGUUUUUGUUAACAUUUUGCUAACAUCUUUUUUUUUUGUGCUGAUGGAAUUAUUUCAGAUUCAGUAUUACAGUAUUUGUUGGCAUUUUGUAUAUACAUUGCACUAAAGUUAAUGUUGUAGUAAAGGAUGGCUGGAUGGAUGUUGACAAGAACCUGCUUUUUAUUUAAACUCCAAAACACUGGGCUUUAGAACAAGUGUAUAGUGUGUUGCUACAUACACAGUCAGGUGUUAUCUUCAUAAUCAAAUUUAAAUCAAAGAUUAAACUCACAGAUUUUUUUUUUAAACAAAGCUUCUUUUUUUUUAAAUUUUAUGACAUCUUAGGGUGAAAUAUACAAAUGUGUUGUCCUCAUGUCCCAAGGAUUAACAGCUAUAGUAGUGAUGGGUGACUCGUGCUUUAAAGUGCAUUAAAGUUGAUUUUCACCUUUAAACUAAUACAAGCACAAUCUUGAGCCUGUUUGCUGUGAUGCAAUCUGUGUGUUGUCUAGGAUUUUGUGUGUUUAAACAUUUAACAAUAUUUCUGUCAUCCAAAAUAUACCUCUACACUGUAUGAAUCAAAAUCAGUCGCCAUAACAAGAAGUAGUUAGCAAUUUAGUAAUAGUACACUGGAAAUAUGUUCAUUUAUUUUAAUUUUUUCGCACUGUGAUAAUGUUUUUUUAAAGUAUUUGAAUAAAAAGCUGGAGUUUUGUGUAAGUCA